AUGUAUGGAACUGACUGUAAUCUGCCUUGUGGUCAUUGCCUGAACACAACAUGUCAUCACAUUAACGGAACAUGUCCAUAUGGAUGUAGUAAAGGAUACAGAGAUUUAAACUGCACAACAAGGGAUACAAGAAUUGAUAAUUCACCUCAGACCAGUACUGAUGAUAAUGAAGGUAUUAUCAUUGGCGGAAUUGCAGGAUUUGUGACUGCUGUUUUAGUUGUAUUGAUUGUGGUUGUCGCUUUCAGAAGGCGCAGUGUACAUGAGACUAAAAGAAAAACUGGACUAGAGAAAGGAACCAGCGAUUCCAAAAUGAGAUUUUUUGAAUCGGACUUCAGUAGCCUUGAAUCUAAACAUGCUUCACCCUCUUACGGUGAAAAUACAUACCUGGAAACAAAUAAUGAAAAACCAGUAAUACACCACAAGAAGAGUGAUGAUGCUGAAGUUGAAUUAGAUGACGAUGAGAAAAUACACUCUGAAAAUCCAUAUGGAGAUUUUUACGCAAACGAAACAAUAAUUCGUGAAAUACCUUUAAACCAGCUCGAAUCGGUUAUUGCUGAAAAUAGAAUGAAUGGAGAUGACGGCUUUCAGAAAGAAUAUGCGACAUUACCGUACGGUGAACGAUACAAGUGCGACGCUGGAAAGAGCGAAGAUAAUAUGGUUAAAAAUAGAUUUAAGACAACUUUUCCCUAUGACCAUUCACGAGUUAAAUUGAAGUCAGGGACUGGAUCAGAUUACAUAAACGCCAAUUACAUAGAAGGUUCAGAAAAAGAUAAGCAAUAUAUUGCCACGCAAGGACCGAGACAAAACACAGUUGUUGAUUUCUGGAUAAUGAUUUGGCAAGAACACGUGACAACCAUUGUUAUGUUGACCAACCUUAAGGAAGGGACUAAAACAAAAUGUACCAAGUAUUGGCCAGAUGCAAACAAACACAUUAGCUAUGGAAAUGUGUCGGUUAAAAUGAUGGAAGAAAAAGACUAUGCAUUCUACAUAAUUCGGAAGUUUACAGUAUACCAUAAAGAGACGAAGAGCAAGCGUCUAGUAACCCAGUACCAUUAUACUGCUUGGCCAGACCACGGUACCCCAGACCCCCUUGGUGUUGUUAUUUUCCUUGAUCAUGUGACCAGGACAGAAGCCAGUCAGAGAAACUCCCCAACAGUUGUGCACUGCAGUGCCGGUAUAGGAAGGACGGGGACAUACAUAGCAUUCGACGUACUUAACCAGAUUGGAAGAAGGACAGGGAAAGUCAAUAUAGCAGAAUAUGUCAAAAAGAUGAGAGAAAACAGAAUGAAUAUGGUCCAAACAUAUGAGCAGUAUAUGACCAUUUUUCUUGCUUUAAAUGAAAUAUUUAAAUCCCCGGUUAACAGCAUCACCGUUGAUGAAUUUACUAAAACGGCUGAAACCAAGAGAACUGACAAACCAGCCAAUCAGAGUGCACUUCAAAAGGAAUUUCAGCUUCUGAUGAAGAUACGACCCACAUACAGCGACGCAGACUUCAAGCUAGCCAAGGAAAGCUGUGGAGACAUUUAUUUCAACGGUGUAUUGCCCUUGGAUAAAUAUAGCGUACAUCUUUCUUCUGUUGUGCCUAAAAGGGGGAAUUUUAUUAACGCCAUCAUCGCUCCAUCAUACAACAAGAAUAAUGCAUUUAUUGUAACGCAAUAUCCGAAGGAAGAAGACGUUAUAGACUUUCUACGGCUGCUCACAGAUCAUGAGUCCGACACUCUCGUCUGUAUGGAUCCCCUGAACCAGAUCGACUCGAGUAAGGCGUGGUUUCCAAGCCCCUCCUCCUCCAAGACAAUUCCUCCUUUCACCAUCCACUGUCAAUCAAAAUCCGGAAAUGACUUCAACACCACUGUUGUUCACAUCCUGCAUCAAAAUAGUGAAAUGGAGGCUCAUCCCAUAACAAUAAUUGAACCAAAAGUCAGCAUAAAAACUUCAGGGACAACUCUGGACACUUCUCAACUUCGGAGUCUAGUUUCUGCCACACUAGGCGUUGAAACGGAAAACCCUAUCACAGUUGUCAGCAGUGAUGGGGCGUCCCUGUGCGGAGUUUUCUGUGCCCUACAUAAUGUGAUACAACAGAUUAACAUGGAUGAUAGUGUGGAUGUCUUCACAGCUGUCAGACAAUUACAAGUUAGAAGACCAGAGUUAUGUUCAAAUCUUGAUGAAUAUCGCCUCCUGAUCAAAGCCGUGUAUGACCACAUUCAAAGUACCAGCGAAAGUAUAUACUGCAAUCAAUGAAAAGGUUGAUAAGACGUCGUUAUUAAAAAAAUACUGAUACUUAUUUUAUUCGAAUGGAACUGCAUCUACAUGAAUCGACCUAAUAGAAUGGACUCGUCUGUUCUCGUGUGUGAUUAACACGCAUGCAGAUUAGAGAAUUUGUACAUUUUGUUACAAUACUUAUACCCCUUAUAUAUCUACAUGCGAA